GGGGUUUACAUUAUAAGCAGGAUUCAAGACAGUUUCUGCUUGGAAGACCCUUUCACUGCCUUUUCUUUAGAAAACGUCUCCUGGCUAUUGCACCUCUCCCACAGAGCCAAAUGCUGCUCACCAGAGCUUCUGCUCAGCUGCUCAGCCAGACAGAUCUGAUAAUAGCAGGCAAGAUGGAAGCUUUUCAUGUGUAACAGAUCUGGCUCCUUCCAAAGGACAUCAUUCCUGCAUCCUACUGUAAAUGAGAGUUGAUCUGUUUCUGGCCUAUGUCUACAAAGUUCCUGGCAUCCUGUAGGACAUUCUCUGAAAUUUCAUUGGAUGGAUCAGCAUUUAUAAUACAUAAGUACAACCUUUAAAGGCUUUAAAGAUGACUCACCUGCAUGCUGGACUUAACCCAGAGACGAUAGAGAAAGGGCGUUUGGAGCUAAAUGAAAAUCCGGACACGUUACAUCAAGAUAUCCAACAAGUACGGGACAUGAUAAUCACCAGACCAGAUAUUGGAUUUUUAAGGACCGAUGACGCCUUCAUUUUACGAUUUCUUCGAGCUAGAAAGUUCAAUCAAAUGGAAGCUUUUAGACUUCUUGCCCAGUAUUUCCAAUAUCGCCAACUUAAUUUGGACAUGUUUAAAAAUCUCAAAGCAGAUGAUCCAGGGAUUAAACGUGCUCUUAUGGACGGAUUUCCUGGGGUGCUUGAAAAUCGUGACCACUAUGGGCGAAAGAUCCUCCUGCUGUUUGCAGCCAACUGGGAUCAGAGUAGGAAUUCCUUUGUGGACAUCUUGCGAGCUAUCCUCUUAUCUCUGGAAGUUCUCAUUGAAGAUCAGGAACUACAGAUCAAUGGAUUUAUUUUAAUUAUAGACUGGAGCAAUUUUUCUUUCAAGCAAGCUUCCAAACUUACCCCGUCAAUCCUCCGACUAGCCAUAGAAGGUUUGCAGGACAGCUUCCCAGCUCGUUUUGGAGGAGUUCACUUUGUCAAUCAGCCCUGGUACAUCCAUGCUCUGUACACUAUAAUUAAACCAUUCCUUAAAGACAAGACAAGGAAGCGGAUCUUUCUACACGGUAACAACCUGAAUAGCCUUCACCAGCUGAUUCACCCUGAUUGUUUACCUUCUGAAUUUGGAGGCACACUUCCACCUUAUGACAUGGGCACCUGGGCGAGGACAUUGCUUGGCCCUGAUUAUAAUGAUGAAAACGAAUAUACCCACAGUUCUUACAAUGUUAUCCACGUGAAGCAUGUGCCUGCUAUUGUAGAAGGAGAAGACUCACCCAAGUAUAUGAAAAGGUCUCACUCAGUGGUAGAACCGGGCACUCUGCGGCACGAGGAAGAGCGAGAGAAUGAGAACACCCAGCCGCUGCUUGCUCUCGACUGAUCUCACCCACUUCACUACAAACCCAUCACACUUCACUACGGCCUCUCUCUCUCACUGCAAACUACUCACCAGCUACUCGCACACUCGAUGUGCUACAACACGCUCAUUGCCUUAGUGCCAUAGAAGGGACAGAAGCCUCGUUCUCAACAACUGUGAAGAAGAUUCUGUUAGUGCCAAAAAAAAUUAAAAAACAAGCAUAUCGAGUGCAUUAUAGCCAUUUGUGUUGGACUGUAUUUGCUAUGCAUUGCCAAAUAAAUGCAUUGUAGGUCAA